ACUGUUGUAUGUUCUGCCAAUCGCUUGAGGACAGAGUGGGAAAAGGAGCAAGCAGAGUUAGAGGCAGGACAAAAGAAGUUCUAUAGGCGGCCAUAUACAUAUAUUUUAAUGGUUUCGGAAGGCCCGUAGUUAAGAAAAACAAUAGCAUUGAGGGCGGACAUGACAGCGUAGUGAUGGAGCCCCCUUUAAACAAGAGGAAUUCGGCGAUAAGAUUAGCGGAUUUGGCAUCGACUCAAACCCAUCCUCAUCAGAAUAUGACAGGCUUCCCGGGGAUUGGGGGGCAUCACCCGCACUCCCACCAUGCCCACCUCCACCCUGGGGAGAUGGGCAACGACCCCGGAGUGGCUCUCACUCCAUUUGGACCCGAGCACAUGGCACAGACCAAUGCUCUCAAACUUAGUCCCUCUCAGCCUGUUCAAAUCCAUCCCGAAGCCCAGACCGCGGCAUCUUUCACGUCUUCUCAGACCACAGUUGGUUUCCCCUUGGCUCACCCCCACACAGGCUACACCACCAGCAGGGACUUCAUCCUCAGGAGAGAGCUCUCAGCCUCUGCUAUGCAUGCACUUGGCGACCAGCAUAGUUCCGCCUCCUCCCCUCAUCACCAUGGCAUGUUCAUUUCCCCAACAGGUGCUUAUGGGCACACGGAAGGUGGUGCCCAUCCACUGUUCUCUGGACUGCACGAGCAAGCGGCCCCAGGUGCCCAUCACCACCAUGCCCUCAACGGGCAGAUGCGUCUGGGUCUACCGGGGGACAUCUACGGCAGGCCAGAGCACUUCGGCCACAGGCCCGAGCACUAUGGAUCUUCUUCUCUCCACAGCUACAACUCCAUGAACUUAAAUGUGAACCUCGCCACGGCUCCUCACGGAGCUACGGGGGCGUUUUUGCGAUAUAUGCGGCAGCCCAUCAAGCAAGAGUUAAUCUGCAAGUGGAUUGAUCAGGAGCAGAACUCUAAGAAGCCUUGCUCCAAAACUUAUAGCACCAUGCACGAGCUCGUCAACCACGUUACGGUAGAGCACGUCGGAGGACCGGAGCAGAGCAGUCACGUCUGCUUCUGGGAAGAGUGUCCGCGCGAGGGAAAGGCGUUCAAAGCCAAGUACAAACUGAUCAAUCACAUCCGCGUGCACACAGGAGAGAAACCGUUCCCGUGCCCCUUUCCCGGUUGUGGCAAAGUAUUUGCGCGCUCGGAAAAUCUCAAGAUUCACAAGAGGACGCACACAGGCGAGAAGCCGUUCAAGUGCGAGUUUGAUGGCUGUGACAGGAAAUUUGCCAACAGCAGUGACAGGAAGAAGCACUCUCACGUCCACACCAGUGAUAAGCCUUACUUCUGUAAAGUGAGGGGCUGUGACAAGUCUUACACACACCCGAGCUCUCUGCGUAAACACAUGAAGGUCCACUGCAAGUCUCCUCCGCCCCCUUCCGCCAACACGGUCUCCUCUUACCAUCACUCGUCCACGACGAUGGGUGAUGCCCUCUCACCAAACCUGGAGCCCCACAGGAACCGUUCGUCGAACAUUUCGCCUCAGGUGACAAACCUAAAUGAGUGGUACGUGUGCCAAGGGAGUGCUGGACCAAACAAUCUACACACCCCUUCCAGCGAUGUGCCAAUGUCGGAAUCUGACGACGAGGACACUUACAGACACACAGAUCCAAGGGCAAUGCUCUGAUGUGAACAGCAAGGAACAUAUACAUGAUCAAUUGUCCCCAUUAAAAAAUAAAUAAAUGAAUAAAAAAUAAAAUAAAACUCAAACGUUCUAAUUUCAAAGACAUGGAAAAGCCUGGGUGUCAGUGGGUCAAAGAGAUUUUGCCCCCAGUUUGCCCUUAAAACAUGCUCAGAGCAUUGAUGCAAUGUUCCCGAUGAUAACAUUCAUAAGCAGUUGAAACGUGUAAAAUGAAUUGCGAAAUUUCGAUAUCAAACAUGAAAUAGGCUACUUGACGUCUCCCCUUCUUAAUGAUUGCAUAUGACUUACCGACUUGUCUUAAAAUAACAUGAGCUCACAGAAAGUAUUAACAAAAUUCCCUUUUUUUUUUGUUAUUCGUUAUUUGAUAGAAACGCAUUUUAAACGUCUAAUGUCCAUAAGGCAUUGUUCCGCGUUUGGGGGCAAAUGCAGUGACAAUAAUUGUAGGUUUUACUUGUUUGUUGUCAGUGUCAAAUAAAAACGAGUUUUAAAUGGGUUGAGUCUGGACGGCUUUUGUGAUAUUUAUUUAAACCUAUAUUUUAUGCAAAAUCAAUGUAACUCUGAUUAAAGAGUACUAAUAUGUCCUUUGAGACCCUAAAUGGUGUAUUAUUGACAGGCCUAUCCAUGACUGAUCUGUAAAUAGUAAAUGGCAUUGAUGCUUGUGAAUGUUGUCGUAGAGUCUCGACGAGUUUUGUACAUUGUAAUUUAUUUGCUUGUAUUAAUGUUGGUCUGGAAGUACAGAUACACCAAAAAAUAAUAUAAUUUUGGUGAAAUGAAGUGAUGGUUUUUUAUCGUGUUCUGUAAAAAAGGUCAAACUUUAAUAGGAAGUAUAAUGUGAAGAAUAUUUCGCAUGACCUGUGUCGUAACUAUUUCUGUGAGGUGCAUGAUGGUAUUAAUGGAAUUACGUAAGAAGGUUGUAAAGAAAUGUGAUGUUUGUGUAUAAAUAUAUGGAAAACUUGAAUAAAAGGCAGGACUUGUAAAUAUGGUAUUUUCAGCAAAAGGCUUU